AUGGUCAACAAAGAAGUGUCGCAUAGUAACUCUGUCAAGAGCGUUCGAACAGAGUCGAAAACUAUGGCGUAUAAACAAGAAACUUCGAUCGAGGUGCUACGGCUGGACGAGGGAAAAGUGUUUGCAGAUGGCGGACUAAAAGCGUACUCUGUAGUGGCAGGUUGCUGUUUCGGCCUUAUCGCCGCCUUUGGGGUGAUGAACUCCGUGGGAGCCAUCCAGGCAUACGUGUCGACGCACCAGCUCCAGUCUCUCGAGGCAUCGACAGUUUCGUGGAUUUUUGGACUGUACGUUUUCACAACCUUCGCCGCGAGCAUUCUCUCCGGGUGCUAUUUCGAUCGCAAUGGGUGCGGAACGUCCAAAUGGAUCGGCUGCGCGCUUGCUAUCGUGGGGGUCUUCUGUCUGGCAGAAUGCAAAAAAUUGUACCAGUUCAUUCUUUGUCUGAGUAUCCUGUACGGAGUCGGGUCUGGAAUCCUGUUGACGUGCUACGUUUCCUGCGUGGCGUCCUGGUUUAAGGAGAAACGAGCACACGCACAGUCCAUCGCAGGAAUUGGCGGGUCCGUUGGAGGCAUCGUCUUCCCAGUGAUGCUUAGAAAGCUGUACUCCCAAGUGGGCUACGCCUGGGCCAUUCGCACACUCGCCUUCAUCGUUUCUGCGUGUAUGGCCAUUUCUAUGCUGCUCAUACAAGAGAACGCUGCGGUUAUGAACUACCAGUCUAAAACGCUUCCCUGGAAAGAGACCUUUCGUUUGUAUGUUCGGUACGGCGUCGAUCUACGUUUCUUGAAAGACAAGAAGUUUGUGUGCUGCGCCCUUGGCUGUUGCUUCGCUGAGAAUGCCACCAUGGUGAUAGCCACUUACUUCCCCUCAUAUGCACUUUCCACAGGCGUCUCAGAAAGCACUUCUUACACUUUGAUCACGAUCAUCAACGUGGCUGGGAUCCUCGGUCGGGCCUCGGGCUACUUGGCCGACCGCUUUGUGGGUCGUAUGAUGAUCAUAACAAUUAGCCUACUGGUCAUGACGCUUCUCUCCCUCGUAAUGUGGCUACCCUUCGGUCAUACUUUGAAUGUGCUAUAUGUGUUUUCCGCCAUCUACGGUGUCUUCUGCUCCUCCAUACUGUCAUUGACGCCCAUAGCUGUUGGUCAAAUUUGCAGUAUAGAGGAGUUUGGGAGACGCUACAGUAUGAUAUAUUUGAUGACAGCUCUGAUGAGUUUGCCCGUUUUCCCGGUCGCAGGUGUCAUUAUAGGAAAAGGCUCAUCGAGAAACUACAAUAUGUUUAUCGUUUACUGCUCGAUACUGACAUUCGCUGGCGCGUGUCUCUACACGGCUACCCGCUUCCUGUCAAUUGGCCUUAGCAAGAGAAAGUUUUAA